UAAAGCAGGGGAGUAUUUUUAGCGGAGAAAUCAUAUAACUGAUACGAAAAUGAAAAGUCGUGGAUCCCUUUCACACACAAAUGAAAACGAAUUAUGUAGCUUACUCACACAAAUGGACUGUCUUUUCUUUAAGCUGUUGACGAUGCCUCGUCUGAUCUGGCUCUCAUCAGAUUCUUCCAAAUUCUGCUGAUUCUUCUUCAUCUGUUUCUGGAUCAAUUGUUAAAUCUCGAUAUGGAAGAACUUGAUAGAGCAGUCGAAGUUGACAAGAAAGGGGAAGGUAAAAAAGUUGUAGAUAAUGAAGAUGAGCAGCUUGCUACGGCUCUGCAAGAAAGUUGGAAUGUGGAGUCCUCACCUGAAUCAUCUCCACCCAUAUCACCUCCACCUCAAUCUCCUUCACCCCAAUCACAAUCAAUUCCACCUCAACCUCCUCCAACUCAGUCACCUCAAUUUGAUUAUGGAAGUUUUGUACCACCUUCUCCAUUCCACUAUCCUUUAGGAUACAGAAUCUGUGCUGGUUGCAAUACUGAAAUUGGCCCUGGAAGAUACUUGAGUUGCAGGGGAGCUUUUUGGCAUCCCAAAUGUUUCCGUUGCCAUGCUUGCAACCAAGCAAUUUCUGAUUAUGAGUUUUCCAUCUCUAAAAAUUAUCCCUUCCAUAAAUCAUGCUAUAAGGACUUGCACCACCCCAAAUGUGUUGCUUGCAGGAACUUUAUUCCUAUUAAUGCAGCCGGACUUGUUGAGUACAGAGCUCAUCCUUUCUGGCAUCAGAAGUACUGCCCUUCGCACGAACAUGAUGGAACACCCCGUUGCUAUAGCUGUGAAAGAAUGGAGCCUAUAGAUGCUAUAUAUCUUGUUCUUGAUGAUGGAAGGAAGCUGUGUCCUGAGUGUCAAAGCUCAUCAAUAAUGGGUACAAAUGAGUGCCAACUGCUUUACCUCGAAAUACAAGAAUUUUACAAAGGUUUACUGAAGAAGGUAGAGCAGCAAGUGCCAUUACUCUUGGUCGAGAGACAAGCACUAAAUGAAGCCAUGAAAGGAGAGAAAAUUGGUCAUCACCACACGCUGUGGACUAGGGGCCUUUGCCUAUCAGAAGAGCAAACUGUUAGCACAAUACCGAGGCGACCCAAAAUAGGAGGAUAUCGGAUAACAAACAUGUCUCCUGAGCCUUACACACUCGUUCGGAAAUGUGAAGUAACAGCGAUCCUCAUUCUGUAUGGUCUGCCUAGAUUAUUGACUGGGUCAAUCCUAGCUCAUGAAAUGAUGCAUGCAUGGCUCCGUCUGAAAGGUUACCCGAAUCUUAGUCCAAAAGUCGAAGAAGGAAUCUGCCAAGUGAUGGCUCACAUGUGGUUAGAGUCAGAGAUCAUUCCUUGCUCUGGUAACAAUGCAGCUUCUGCCUCGACCUCAGCAUCCUCGUCUGGCUCUUCGAAGAAGGGGAAGAGGUCUGCAUUUGAGAAGAAACUUGGUCAGUUUUUCAUGCAGUUGAUACAAUCAGAUAGUUCUGAAGUUUACGGAGAUGGUUUCAGGGAAGGCAACAAGGCGUUGCUCAAAUACGGGCUGAGGAGCACUCUCGAUCACAUUCGCCUGACAGGGAGUUUUCAAUGUUAACUUGAUAUCUCCAUUUGAAAAUGGAUCAUAACUUCUCCACGACAAAGGAAACAUUAGCAACUAUAUAUGUUUCACACAUAAUCCUUCAUUCAUUCAACGCGCAGGGGCUUGCUGCAUCUUUGGUUUGUGAGUUGGGCUGUUGAAUGAGCUGCGAAAAAAUAUUCCUCCCUCUCUUCAAUAUUAAAUGUCUCAUUUUGCGAUAUUCAAAUUGGCUAUUGUUUCCGUCUUUCAGUAAUACUAGUCAGAGAGAAAAGAGAGAGUGCCUAUUAAUUAUUGUAAGAGACACUGCACCACCAUUUAAUAAAUAAUUAUUAAAA